AAAAAAGUAAACUUAAUAUCUAUCUGGACAAGAGAACAUGCUACAAUGUUUUAAAUGUUGGUUAUCCAUUAGAAGGGAUUUUUUUUCGCAUCCGGCAACCAAAAGUUGUCCUAUAUGAUGGCUUAUAUCUUAUAAAUAAUUAUUUAAGGGGUUUAUAGUUAAACCUCAGUAUAGAGGUUGCUUUGUGAGAAAGUGUUUCAGUUUUUGUGGUUAGGGAGCUGAUGGAGCUGCCCCUCUUUUGCAGGAGUAAACAAUUUUUUUCUGUGCAUCACUGGAGGCUCUACGUCCCCCCAAAAAAUGUCACUCUUUGUUCUUGCACUGCGCAUUUAAUAAUAACCUGUAGUCAUCAUUUCACCCCUUUUGUUAGCGCUUACAUCGGACAGUAUACCCCCUUAAAAAAACCCGCUCCUGAGGGAUAAUUUGAUGACACUCCCUGCCACUGGUAAUUUUUCAUUAUAUCGACUCUCCAGCAGAGACCGCGCCUGCGCUCCUGCUCCCUCCCGAACAAGGCUUCACCAAUCCUGGCUCUGGCUCCAUCCCCGGCUCGGCGUCCCACAGGCCAGUGCUAAUAAGUCGCCUAGCUGUCCAGUAAUGGGGAAGUGAUAGGAGAAGACGCUGCUGUCUUUUAGAGCCGCGAGGAAGUUGAGGAGUGACGGGAAGCCUCGCGCCGCGCCGGACCGGACACCUCCACAGAGACACAUCCUACAGUUCCUGUUGUUGUAAAAAAAAAAAAAGCGCAUAGUGAUGGAGAGAAAGCGUCCUGGCAUGCCGUCUGGAGCGAGGAUGCCCCACCAGGGAGCUCCCAUGGGCCCCCCCGGCCCACCGUAUGGAGGGAGCCCGGCGGUGCGGCCCGGCCUGCCCUCCCCGGUGAUGGAGCCCAGUCGUAAGAGGCCUGCCCCCUCCCAGCAGGUCCAGCAGCAGCAGCAGCAGCAACAGCAGCAGCAGCAGCAGCAGGCCGUCCAGAACCGGGCCAGAAAGAAGCCAGUCGGAUUCCCCGGAGCCAAUGAGAUGCCGGCGAGGCAGAUGGACAUGAGAGAGCCCCAAUCAGAUCCCACGCUCGGAUCAAAUGCUAAGAGAAGGAAAAUGGCAGACAAGAUUCUUCCGCAAAGGAUCCGUGAGCUGGUCCCCGAGUCUCAGGCCUACAUGGAUCUGCUAGCGUUUGAGCGUAAACUGGACCAGACCAUCAUGCGCAAACGUGUGGACAUCCAGGAAGCACUGAAGAGACCAAUGAAGCAGCAGAAGCGUAAACUGAGGCUUUACAUAUCCAACACCUUCAACCCUGCUAGACCGGACGCCGAUGACUCAGAUGGCAGCAUUGCAUCAUGGGAGCUGCGAGUCGAGGGGAAGCUGUUGGAUGAUCCGGGGAAGCAGAAAAAGAAGUUCUCUUCGUUUUUUAAGAGCCUGGUGAUCGAGCUGGACAAAGACCUGUACGGUCCUGACAACCACCUGGUUGAGUGGCACCGCACGCCCACCACUCAGGAGACGGACGGCUUCCAGGUGAAAAGACCGGGAGACGUGAGCGUGCGCUGCACUCUGCUGCUGAUGCUGGACUACCAGCCUCCCCAGUUUAAGCUGGACCCUCGCCUGGCUCGCCUGCUUGGCAUUCACACUCAGACUCGCUCCUGCAUCAUCCAGGCCCUCUGGCAGUACGUCAAGACCAACAAGCUGCAGGACUCUCAUGACAAGGAGUACAUCAACUGUGACAAGUACUUCCAACAGAUCUUUGACUGCCCUCGACUGAAGUUCUCUGAGAUCCCUCAGCGCCUCACCAACCUCCUCCUACCACCCGACCCCAUCGUCAUCAACCACGUCAUCAGCGUGGACCCCAACGACCAGAAGAAGACGGCCUGCUAUGACAUCGACGUGGAGGUGGAGGACCCCCUGAAGGGUCAGAUGAGCAGCUUCCUCCUCUCCACCGCCAACCAGCAGGAGAUCGCAUCGCUCGACAACAAGAUCCAUGAGACCAUCGAGUCCAUCAACCAGCUGAAGAUCCAGAGGGACUUCAUGCUCAGUUUCUCCAGAGAUCCCAAGGGCUACAUCCAGGACUGGCUCAAAUCCCAGAGCCGAGACCUUAAGUUAAUGACAGACGUGGUGGGGAACCCUGAGGAGGAGAGGAGGGCGGCGUUUUACCACGAGCCUUGGUCCCAGGAGGCUGUCAGCCGCUAUUUCUACUGCAAGAUCCAGCAGAGGAGACAGGAGCUGGAACAGGCCUUAGCUGUCCGCAACACCUAAAGCGAGGCCCUCCUGAAUCCCUGCAUCAGAGCUGUGUGUGUGUGUGUGUGUUUGGAUGUGUGUGAGGCCAUCGCUGUAGUCUGGUGAUACCUCUAAAAACGUCGGUAACUAUAAGAAGAAAAAAAAACAGUGAUGAAAGAAAAUGCAAUUUCUUUCCAAAGAUUUGAAAUUAAAAAGGGAAUCUAGAGGAGGUGGUUUUCUCACCACAGCAGCGAUGUGCACGUGUGGAAGCCCAGAUCUCGAUCCGCUGCAUAUUUGCUCCGUUUUGUGCCGGACUGUGAGGACAUCAUCAUUAACCGCAUGUAUUCAGCUGCACCCUCGGAGGUCGAGCCCCUCAGACCGCGAGCAUCCUCAGACUCACUGCCUAAUAAACAAAAACCUCCUCGUCAUCGCUCCUCUCUGCUUCUGUAAAUAAGUCGCAAACAUGUCAAACUGACAAACUGAACCGGCUGCUCACACACCGCUGUGUUUUUGUUUUUGGAUUCUCAUCUUGAAAGAGGUCGCUGCUGCGUCCGACAUGAUGUAACCUGGUGUCACAGUCAAUCCUCCCGGCGCUCCGGAUGAGUCUUCAUAUUUCAUGUUGUUUGAUUGUACGUGUGACUGUGUGUGUGUUUUUGUUUCUCAUUAGCAGAGUGUCUUUUUUUGAAAGACUGAUAAAUUACACCAGCAAAGUCGAGAUUACGGUGUGACACAUUGGGUUGCAGGGAAUCAGCUCUAUCUUUAAACCUGAGGUGUGGAUUUUAUUCUUUUUCAGGUUUCAUGAAUCAAUUGGAAAACCUCCAGUGUGUCUCAUUUUAGUCGCAUUCGCCAGUAAACAGACUUCUUUUUACAGUAAUUCCCUCAACAGUAUUAAGUAUAUUAACUGAAGUAUUAUUACAGGAAUGAAAAGUGUAAUGAAGUAGAAACAGUACUCAAAAGUAUUGAUCAUCAUGGUAAUUUCUUCACUUAAAGGUCCAGCGUGCAGGAUUUAGGGGGAUAUGUUGGCAGAAAUGGAAUAUAAUUUAAUACAAAUACAUAUUCUUUAGCCAUUUGCGUUUUCUGUGAAUCCGCUUUAUUCAGUGUUUUUAUCAGUUUAGGUCACUGAGUUUUUUUAUUUCUCACAGCAAAAAAUGUUAUUAGAGAAAAAAACUUGAGCACACACACACCGCAAGGGUCCGCUUUGGUCUGUGUGACAUAAAUUUUGGUGUGUCGCUCGCAGGUUGGAUAAUUGAUCUGUAGAUCUAUUCACAACUGAUCAGAUGGGAUCAAUUGAUGAGAGGAGCAGCUGUUAGUGAGUGAAUUCAAACUUUUAGACUCAGCAGAGUGUGGUUAAGUUUCACUUUCAGUGCGCCUGAAGUUCUGCUGCUCCAUCUGUGCCCAGAGUACGCUGUGGAACUAGCAGUAAUGUUACAUAUAUUUCAACAGUACUCCUAAUGAACAAUCCAGCACCAAAAGUAAAAUAUCAACUUGUGGCAGCAGGUAUUUAAUUGUGACGGGCUGCCACAAAUAGAUGAUUGUGAGGGAAACACUGAAUCUUAUCUUGUUUCUGGACUGUAAGUGUAGCAAGCGUGUCGGCCAAAACACUGCCGUCAAGACAGCUACAGCCACCUCAUCAUUGUAAAUUAAGUUAAAUAUUUAAUAGGCAUUCACUCCGGAGCCAGCAGCGUGUUUUUAGUUUCACUCUCACCUGGUGUCGGCAGUAGAAGGACAAAUAGCCCUCGCAUUUACCUGCAGAGAGUUGAAGUGGACCUUCAGUUGUACUUUUGCACACAAAGUCACAAACUUGGAGUGCUAAUAAAAUGUCUACUGAAGAGGCUGUGAGUACUGCAUCAGAAAGUGUUCAUAUAGUAACUUUUUGUGAAUGCAGUAAACACAAUCCUUUUUGAACACAGCAGAACUGCGUGCACGUCUGCGUCUCCACCAACAGUGAUUUUAAACGUGAAACUGCUGUAUUUAGUGUUUUAAUGGCUUUAAUCAUCGGUUUGUUGUUUUGGAGAAGAAGAGACCUCUGUGGAUUAUUUGGCUCCAGCUAAAAAAAACCUCCUGAACAAUAAACA